UUGAAGGGUGCCUCCGCAAAAUAGAUUUCCCUUAUCAGAGAAAGUGACAACAGAGACCUUCAAUGUUCUAGGGUUUAAUCAUAGGGGAUCACCAUGAAACUAGCUUCACUAGACAGUAUCCAAAACGCGCACGAAGACUCACUUUGGACAGCAACGUGGGUCCGAUCGGACAGCGAUAAACCGGCGCUACUUCUCACCGGAGGACUUGAUGAAACUGUUAGGUUAUGGGACCCCACCAAACUCACCUGCCUUCACACAAACACCGGUCAUUGCCUCGGCGUUGUAUCAGUCACUGCUCAUCCGAAUCAGAGAAUUGCCGCCUCUGCUUCUAUAGACAGCUUCAUUCGAGUGUUUGAGGUUGAUACUAAUAACACCAUCGCCACUCUCGAAGCUCCUCCAUCUGAAGUCUGGCAAUUGCAAUUUAGUCCCGAUGGUAGCACUUUGGCAGCAGCUGGAGGUGGUAGUUCAUCAGUCAAGCUAUGGGACACCACUCAGUGGCAACUCGUUGCCACAUUGUCAAUUCCACGUCAAGGAGGUUCGCAACCAUCUGAGAAAAGUGGCACCAAGAAAUUUGUCCUCUCGGUUGCAUGGAAUCCUGAUGGUAGGCUUCUUGCAUGUGGUUCGGUUGAUGGAACAAUCUCUGUUUUUGAUGUAGCUCGUGCGAAAUUCCUCCACUUCUUGGAAGGCCAUUGCAUGCCUGUGCGCUCUCUUGUGUUUUCACCUUCACUCCAUGAUUCAAGGAUACUUUUCUCAGCAUCAGAUGAUGGCCAUGUGCAUGUGUAUGAUGCUGAGGGAAAGACUUUGCUCACAUCUUUGUCAGGUCAUGCGAGUUGGGUCUUGAGUGUGGAUGUUUCUCCAGAUGGGGCAGCCAUUGCAACAGGUUCAAGUGACAAGACCGUUAAGCUGUGGGAUCUUAAAAUGAGAGCAGCUACGCAGACAUUAACUAACCACACAGACCAGGUAUGGUCUGUGGCUUUUGGACCACCAUCAAGGAUUGAUGUUAGGUCUUGUAUCCUUGCCAGUGUAUCUGAUGACAAGAGUAUAUCUUUAUACCAAUACUCCUGAUUGUCAUGUGCUGAUAAAAGCACAAUCUUUUUAUUCCUUGGAUACACAGAGAAGAUUUUAUUUGAAUAUCAUACACACAGCCAGUUGGUGCUAUUGUGUAAAUUGUCCAUGAAACACAUUAGUUCGGUUUGUAGUUGGUGGUUUCUGGUGAAACGAAAUGUGCUAACAUGUCAAGGUUUAUUAAUAUUGUAAAACUAGCAUUUAUGCAUUUGCUGUCAUUUGGAGAAGCAAAUUGAGACUCCAAAAUCAAUUGUUGGUC